CGCGGGGCACGCCGGGAGUUGUGGUGCGGGCAGGCCGCGCCCAUGGCGGACCGGGACGGUAGCGGGGCCGGCGGGGCCGGGGGCGGCCCGCGGGGUGGGGCUUCCUCUCCUCCCGCCCCCGCCGGGGAGCCCCCCGCCGGGGACCCCCCCACCGUUCCCGUAGCUCCAGCUGCCCGCCAGGAGGAGGCGGAGCAGGACGCCGAGCCUCCGGUAACGCCCCCGGUGUCGUUCCUGGGUGUCCCCGCAGUGGAGCUGCUGCGGACGCUGCUGUCCCGGACCCUGGGGCUCGGCGGGGACAGAGCGGAGCCGGUGCUGGACGAGCUGAGCCUGGCGGGCGUGAGCCGCUUCCUGGGCAGCGGGCGCUGUAAGAACGUCAUCUGCAUGGUGGGCGCCGGCAUCUCCACCUCUGCCGGGAUCCCGGAUUUCCGCUCGCCCGGCACCGGGCUCUACUCCAACCUGCAGAGCUACAACCUCCCCUACCCCGAGGCCAUCUUCGAGAUUGGCUUCUUCAAGAAACAUCCAGAACCCUUUUUCGCCCUUGCCCGUGAGCUCUACCCGGGACAGUUCAAGCCCACCGUGUGCCACUACUUCAUGCGGCUGCUGCAGGACAAGGGGCUCUUGCUGCGCUGCUACACCCAGAACAUCGACACUCUGGAGAGGGUGGCGGGGCUGGACCCCGAGCUGCUGGUGGAGGCUCACGGCACCUUCUUCACCUCCCACUGCCUGCGGGCCUCGUGCCGCCAGCGCUACAGCCUGGCCUGGAUGAGGGGUAGGGGGGGGCUCUGGGGACCCCCGAGUGCUGGGGACCCCCGGGCCCCCUCCCCCAACCCCCUGAGUGUCUGUGGGGGUGUCCCCACCUGCUCUGCCACAGGGCGGGAACAACAGGUUGUUGUACCCCAGCGCCCCCCAAAUGUCCUUGUGUUUUUCGGGGAGAACCUCCCCUCGCGCUUCUUCGCCCUCCUGGAGUCGGACUUUGAGAAGGUGGACCUGCUGCUCAUCAUGGGCACCUCGCUGCAGGUGCAGCCCUUUGCCUCCCUCAUCAGCAGGGUCCCCAGCAACACCCCCAGACUCCUCAUCAACAAGGAGAAGGCGGGGCAGAGUGACCCCCUGAUGUCCCUGAUGGGCUUUGGUGGGAUGGACUUCGACUCAGACAAGGCCUACAGGGACGUGGCCUGGCUGGGGGACUGCGACAGCGGGUGCCUGGCUCUGGCUGAACUGCUGGGCUGGAAGGAGGAGCUGGAGGAGCUGGUGCGGAGGGAACACGCGGCCAUCGAUGCCAAGGCGGGGGACAGGGAUGGGGGGGGCCCUCAAAAGCACCAGGGGGAUGAGGACAAGGACGGGGGGAGCCCCAAAAAGAGCCCGGGGGACAAGGAAAAAGAUCAAAGUGACCCCAAGAAGAGCCUGGGGGGCAAGGCCAAGGCUGAAAAGGACCCCAAAAAACCCCAGGGGGACAAGGACAAGACUCAAAACGACCCAGAAAAGUCACAGGGGGGCAGUGAGGACCCUCCCCAUGGCACAGGGGGGACAACCCAAAAUUAAAUGUCACAGAGGA